AUGUAUUUUCCAGGAUGUAAAGAGAAAAAGUUGGAUUCUAUUACUCUUGAUAAACAUGUUCUAGAGGUACACAGUAAACACGAGGAAACUGCAGUACGCCCAGCCGAGGAGAUGGUUGAGGAACCGAUGGUUCCUGUAGGAAGGAGUACGAGCAAAUCAAAGAGCUUAUCUGGAGGAUCAGCAGCAGGUAGAAGUAGGGUGUUCCCUACUGUAAGAAGGUCUUCAACUGGAGCUACUAGGACCUCAUCUGAAGCUGGUAGGACUUCAGCGAAAAAAGGAUGUACCGGAGCCACCAAGAUACCAGCUGGGAACCAGCUAAGAUGCUGCUAUGAGGGUUGCGAAUUUACAACACCAAGUAGACGAGAUCUAGCGCAGCAUAGACGAGAGGAGCGUCACAGUAAAAUUUCUAGGUUGACUAGUGAUGAGGGUGGGGAGGAGAAUGAGGAGACGGAGGAAUAUAUUUGUAAACUCAAGAACUGUGGAGCUAGAGUUGUGGGACUCAGGCGGAUUGAGGAUCACUGUGAGAAUAUGCAUCGAGAUAGAUUGGUGGAAGAAUGGAUCUACCAGAAGGUUGAGAAGUCUUCAUGUACAGCAUCUUCUUUAACUUUUGCAUCUACUGCUGCAACCACAGCAACAAAUUCUACUCCUAAUUCAACGAGAAAGCGAAGGUAUGAACAUGAGCAGGUGGAGGAGAAGGCACCCCCUGAGAAGAGAAGGAAGGAAGUAAGGAGAACUGAAGAUGGGACUAGGAAGGGACGGGAUGAUAAAUCUGGAUCCGUAUUGAACUGUGACCUCGGAGGAAACUUUGAUUACUCCAGCAUUGAUCUUAGUGGUGAGGAGAGCGAUGAUUUAGAUAUUAACUUCUAUUGAAACUUGUUAAAUAUUUUUUCCAUGAAUUGAAAAUUAAUUCUUAACUGUGUAAAAAUUGUUUUGAACAUAUUGACAGUAAA